UGCGGCGCUAGGAUGGGGAAUAGUGCCCUGCGUGCUCAUGUGGAAACUGCUCAGAAAACGGGUGUCUUUCAACUCAAGGACCGUGGACUGACAGAGUUCCCCUUAGAGUUGCAGAAGCUGACAAGCAAUCUCAGGACCAUCGACUUGUCCAACAACAAGAUCGAGAGCCUACCGCCUAUGCUGAUAGGGAAGUUCACUCUGCUGAAGAGCCUCUCCCUGAACAACAACAAACUGACUGUUCUGCCUGAUGAGUUAUGCAAUCUGAAAAAACUAGAAAUGCUAAGCCUAAACAACAAUCACCUGGUAGAGCUACCGUCUACUUUCGGGCAACUCUCUGCUCUCAAGACCCUAAGUCUCUCUGGGAACCAGCUCCGCGCACUGCCACCUCAGCUUUGUAGCCUGCGACACCUGGAUGUAAUGGAUCUGUCUAAGAACCAGAUUCGGAGCAUACCUGACAUAGUGGGGGAGCUGCAGGUCAUCGAACUCAACCUCAACCAGAACCAGAUAUCUCAAAUAUCAGUGAAGAUAUCUUGCUGUCCUCGUCUUAAAGUUCUUCGUCUGGAAGAGAAUUGUCUUGAGCUCAGCAUGCUUCCCCAGAGCAUCCUUAGUGAUUCCCAGAUAUGUCUGCUUGCUGUAGAAGGCAAUCUUUUUGAGAUAAAGAAACUUAGAGAACUGGAAGGCUAUGAUAAGUACAUGGAGAGGUUCACGGCUACCAAGAAGAAGUUUGCAUGA